AUGGUCGUUUCGGAGUGUAAGAAAAGAAAUUUGAAGCUCGGUAGUUUCCAAUUUCCAUUACUCAAGCUUAAUGAAUAUCACAAAAGAUUUUUUCCCAUCCUAUUUUCGCUCCUCCAAAAUUUGGGUAAAGUAGAUCGGACCCUCGACGACAUCUUCGAAGAGCAUCUCCAGAACUUCAACCGUCAACAUCAACAGGCGACGAGGCUGCAGAAGGAAUUCAAUAAUUACAUACGAUGCAUACGAGCCGUUCAAACAGCGUCAAAGUCUUUGAUGGAGGCGAUCACGGAGGUUUACGAGAGCAGCUGGUCGGGUCACGACCUGUUGUACGUACAGGCACAGAACAUGGAGAUGCUGUGGCAGGACUUCUCACACAAACUGGGCGAUCAAGUCCUCAUACCGCUCAACACUUACACCAACCAGUUCCCUGAAGUUAGGAAAAAGAUCGAGAAACGUGGCCGGAAGCUGGUAGACUACGACAGUCAGAGACACAGUUUCCAAAAUCUUCAAGCGAAUGCCGCCAAAAGACGCGAUGACGUCAAAAUCACUCGCGGUCGUGAACAGCUCGAAGAAGCCAAGCGCACGUACGAAGUGUUGAACUCCGAGCUGCACGACGAGCUGCCCGCGCUGCACGACUCACGGGUGCUGUUCUACGUACACAACCUACAGACGCUGUUCAGCGCUGAACAACUGUUCCACUCUGAGUCAUCCAAGGUGUUCGCUGAGUUGGAGGCCAUCACGGAUAAAUUGGCGACUGAUAGUCAGAGAGGAUCGUAUAGGAGCCGACCCGCGGCUAACGGAGCACACGUAGUACAGACGCCCUCCCCAGCGUUGAACGGAGACUCGCCACCCGACUCCCCCGAAACCCCCAACACCCCCAAGACCUCCAACACCCCCAGCACCCCAAAGACCUCCAACACCCCCACGCCGGACGCGCCCGCCCGCCGCGAGCACUCGUCGCCCCCGGACUCGCCGGCCAAAGCAGUCAACUCGGUCAAUUCCGUUAACCCCGUUAACUCUGUUAACUCUGUUAACUCCGUUAACGCGAACGAGGACAAGAAGGUCGAGGAACUAUACGACAUACCCGUCGGGGCCGAGAACGAGAGCGUCAAUAAUAACGACGAGGGAAAGAGACAGAUAGAGAAACACGAAGAAAAGAUUACGGAGAAGAAAGAGACGGAUAUAGUUAAGACGGACGAGGUGUACGAUAUACCUGUCGGAGCGACGCUGGCGCCGGGCGCGCUGUACAGAGUGAGGGCCACGUACAGGUACACGCGCGAGGAUAGUGACGAACUGUCCUUUGAUGUGGGAGACAUUAUACGGGUCGUGGAGUACGACGACCCUGACGAACAGGAGGAGGGCUGGCUGAUGGGCAUCAAGGAGUCCACAAACGAGAAGGGCAUGUUCCCCGCUAACUUCACCAGGCCGAUAUGA